AUGGAUCAAUAAUUAGAAAAAUGGAAGUUGAAUAAUCAAUAUUUUAUUAGAGAUAAAUAUUUUAAUCUUUAUAAGAAAUGUGGAAAUCAAGCUCUUAGACAACAAGAUCAAUUGCAUUUCAAGAGACAACGUAUUUUCAGGAACACUUCCUUCAAAGAUCGUGAGAAAUUACCUCUUAUGGAAUAAUCUUCCAAAAAAUGUGAUUAAAGUCUACCAGAAUUUGUUUAUCCUACUAUAUAGUAAGUUAACACUAUAGAUGAAUAUAAUAAGAUAUUGCAAGAGAGAAUUAGAAGUAAUGAACGAAAGGAAAGAAAUUAAUGGAAAUUACCUCCUUUAGAAAGAGAAUAUAAAGAGAAGUAUCAAUUGAAAAGAACCAUCUCUUAAGUUGAUUUAAAGAUCAAUUUGUAGCAAAUAAUUUGA